CACCUGCAUUUUAGUGGAUCGUUUAACUUAACUGACUUACCCCAGCUUUGCAUUGUAUUGCCAACAACAGCCCACCAACCCGUUACUCUUUUGUAUCACCGCCCUGCAAGUUGUCACCUUAUUCCCUUCACUCUUACUUUGUGUUGACAAAACAAACAUUCACUACCUCUCAAUCUCCGAUACCUAUAAAUCUUCAACUCUUCCCGGAUCUUUCCCUCCUCCAUCUUUUCCACAGCUCAACAGACAUACCGUCAAGAUGCCUAAAGUCAAAUAUAUCCUUCUCGACUGCGACAACACCCUCGUCCUCUCCGAGCGUCUCGCCUUCGAAGCUUGCGCCGAUCUCACUAACGAACUCCUCGAGAAACAUGGCAUCAAGGAACGCUACAGUGUCGACUCCCUCCUCGAAGACUUCGUCGGUCAGAACUUCCGCGGCAUGUUGAUGGGUCUCCAGAAGAAGCACAACUUCCAGAUGACUCCAGACGAGGUGGAAGACUACGUCAACCGUGAACUCGGCGAAGUCGUCAAGAAGCUGUCCGCAAAGGCUACUCCAUGCCCUGGUGUUCCUGAACAGCUGGAGAAGUUGAAGAAAGCUGGAUACCCCAUGUCUGUGGUCAGCACCUCUGCCAAACCUCGUGUCGUGGCUUCUCUCGAGAAGGUCGGCAUCGACCACUACUUCCCCAACAAGCACGUCUACAGCGCUGCCACCUCCCUCAACCCACCGUCCAGCAAACCUGAUCCCAAGAUCUAUCUGUACGCCUGCGAGCAAUUGGGUGUCAAGCCUGAAGAGACGAUCACCGUGGAGGACAGCAAGAGUGGUGCCACUGCCGCCAUGCGAGCUGGUAUCCCAUGCAUCGCUUACGUUGGGGUCUACGGUAUCGAAGAUGGCAAAGAGAAGAUGGAGCAGAUGGCCAAGCUUCUCACCGAGACAUGCAAUGCAGCUGCGGUCAUGUAUGACUGGAAGGAAUUCCCAGAAAUUCUCAAGAAGAUUGAGGCUUCUUGAGCGCUUGGCGUGAAAUCACUUGCAGUCAUUGGCGAUGGAAUGAUGAUUAGCCAAGACCUUUUCAUGAUUGAAGACGGAACGAUGCAACGGCGAAAAAGAUGCUGACCCACCAAAGCAAUU